AUGAGAUCGCCAUGGCCGGUGUUCUUCAACCUCGCCGUCAAAAGCAAAGCGAUAUAUCAGCCCAAUUUCCGGUUCCGGAGGUGGUCGGAAAACGAAAAGAAGACGACCCCAGAUGGUGAGGACGAGUCAGUCCAAGACAUUGAGAUUAGAUUGCCUCCUCUCAAAGGACAAAAGGCAAGUGUCGUCCACUACGUCAAAAAACCGGAGCAUAUGGAGUUCCAAUUGGUCGCGGAUCAGCUCCUCAAGAUUGUUGGCGGCGAAAAUGGUCUCCGUUACGAUCCUUCGAAACCAGCUCUCAUUGGCGGCCCUGGAUGCGAACUGUUUGUGGGCCAGGUCGACAUCCGACGCCUCUACUGCUCAAAGUGUCAAGUCUACCACCACCGUGAUGUUAUGGCGGCAGAGAACAUAACAAAUAUUAUCCAAGAGUAUCUUGUGCGGCAGGAGCGUCCGGAUUGCCUCCACCCAGGUGCCGAGGACGGCUCCCUCCCUUGGAAGGCGAAGCGCGAUGCUAGAUCAAGUUCGAGCUCGAGCACUGCCACGGCUAGCAAUGCCAUCAGCUGUACAGGUGUCCAAGGACGUCGUAAGAGGGCUUCAACUACCUCAACGCCAGAGCAGGAACAACCCCAAAAGUCCUCCAAGUCGUCCAAGUUGGCCAAGGCGUUGAAGGCGUCCAAAUCAUAG